GCUCUCCCUCCUCUCUCUCGCCUCUCCAGUCGUCAACAGGUGCCCUGAAACCGAGCUCGUUUGAGGUUUCCCCACCAGAGAUGGUAUUUGAGAACAUUGUCGCUCAUGAGGUUUAUGAGAUGGCGCUGUCUCUCAUGAAUAAGGACAAGUUUCCUCAGGUGGUGAAGGUCUCCAUGGAGAGCUCACCUUACUUCCAGCUCAUGAGCUCCAACAACGCGUACCGUGUCGUGCUGCCGGGCACCUCUGUCCCUGUGCGCGUCCGCUUCACCCCUGACGAGAGCAAGGAUUAUUCCCACGAGUUCGUCUGCGUCACUGCAAGGGAAAGGAUUGUUGUGCCAAUUGUGGCCAUUGGUGCCCGAGCUGUGCUGGACUUCCCUGCCCAGCUGGACUUCUCCAAGUGUCCAGUCAAGGUCAGCACCCAGCAGACUCUGCUGGUGCGCAAUGUCGGUAACCUGAAAGCUCGGCGGCGCAGUUUGCUGCACUCACCGAGCCAGGUGAGGCUGGAAAAAUUCACGGAGGAGAAAAAAUCAGAGGAGGACAAAGAUGAAGAUGGCGCUGCCCUCCUGACCAGCAUGGCCCAGGAGAAGAUGGCAGAGGUGCAAGAAGACUCCAUGAUGUUCUCCGAUGACAUUUUUUUCAUUGAGCCAAUGGUGGAACUGAUUAAUGAAGGAGCUCUUGAUGCUCCCUUCAUCUAUAUCCCUUCAACCACCAACGUGGGCUCCUGCUUCAAGUUUGAGCCCGAGGAGGGCAUCAUUGCAGCAGGUGGGAACCAGACUAUUCAGAUCGCCUUCAGUGCCACCGUGCUGGGGAGCUUUGCGGAGGAGGUCCAGGGCAGCGUCACCGUGCCCAGCUUAGAGUUCGAUGUCGAUGAGAUCAACUUCGGUGAGAUCUCCUUUGGCUUUCCCCACACGCAGUGCUGCCGCCUCACCAACAGCUCCCCGGUGCCCGUGACGUUCCAGCUCCGCAUCGUGAUGGAUUUCUACCGGAGAAUGCUGGUGGACCUGGAGGGUUUUGGCAAGGGAGUGACAGCACUGGUCAUCACAGCCAGGUGUCUCGUUCCUGAGCUGCGAGUGUACCCUGAAAUCCUGCUGUACGAUGAGUGCCACCUGAAUGUGCCAUACGAGAGGAAGUUCCUCAUUGAACGCAAGGAGGACUCUCCUGUGCUCUACAGCAGCCCCAAGCCCUGUGGGAUCGUCCAGCCUCACAGCUUUGCCGAGAGACCAGAAUUACGGAGCACUGGACAGCUGGCACAAAUCUACCCAAGUCCCAGGCUGAUAGAGUUUGGCAAGAUCCCAGCACUACAGCCUACUUCACGAAGUCUUACCCUCUUCAACAAAGGUCAUGUCCCUACAGACUUCAGGAUGGAGGUUGUUCGCAAACGCCACUGCUGUACCGUUGAACCCAGCGAAGGAGUGAUCCCUGCUGGGGGUGAGGUGCCUGUGACUGUCACAGCAACCCUGGAUGACAGGGGGCUUUUUUCUGUCCCUGUCCGGGUGUUCAUUGGGAGCAGCCUUAGCACCGCCUUCGGGCUGGUGGCUUUGGGCACUGGCACCACAAUUGUCAUAGACAAGCCAUUCAGCCCAGAGCUCAACCUGGGAUACCAAUUCAGCCUGGUGCCCUGUAUUCGUCAGUUCAAAGUAACAAACAGGGGCCACCAUUUCCAUCGGCUCUUCUGGAGUGUGGAAUGCUACAGCCCAUCUGAGCAGGAGAGCCAGAGUGUCUCAGCCCUCAGCAGCCCCAAGGAUGAUUCCCAGAGCCCCAAACGUGCCGAGCCUUUGUUUGGGCUGGAGCCGCUGUCGAUGGACCUGCAGCCAGGCCGCUCUGAGGACAUGGUGCUGCGAGGCUUCUCCAGCAUCGCACAGAGCCUGUGGUGGGUGGCGGGUGCUGAGCCAGUGGAGGGCAUUUGCCGGAUGCUCUGCCACCACCCACUGGUGACAAGUGACUCUCGCACGCAGGAGGUGCAGGAUUAUGUGAUGUGUGAAGCUGUCAGUAUGGCAACCGGCAGGACUGAGAAGAUAAUGGAGACAGUCAUUACCUGCAAGUUUAUUCACCCUUCUAUAGAACUGUCAGCCAGACACUUCUCUUUCCAGGUGACCAAGAAACCCAGUGAUGUCCUGAGGCUGCACUACCAGCCUUUGGCCAUAAAAAACACCUGCCUGCUGCCACUGGACCUUAUGCUGGGCUUGGAGCAGCCAUUCCUGGUCUGUGAUAAGGAGAAGCAGCCCCUCCCAGUUGGCCAGCCUGUGAGAGUGGGUGUAGGGGAGACCUGCCAUCUCUACAUCGCAUUCGACCCAGCUUAUAAACUGGAUUUUAAGAGCUGGAAAACAGAGAAGCUUCUGAAGAUAGACAUGGUCAGGGGCCAUCCUCUUGUGGAGCGUAUCAUCCUUCGGGGAGAAGUGCACUUCCCAAAUCUCCAAAUGCAAAGUGCGUUCUCUGAAGAUAACCAACUGCAGCCCACUGCCCGUCCAGUACCACUGGUCAUUCCAUUCCAAGAGCCAGGUUUACAGGUUGAGGUGCCACGGUAUUACAGCCCACUAGAGUUGGUGGGAACCAUGCCCCCCAGGGAUGUACUGCACACUCCCGUGGCCACGGAGGAGGUUUUCAGUAUCCUGCCACUGUCAGGUGUGCUGCAGCCAGGAGAGAGCCAGCAGGUCUCCUUCACCUUCUGCAGCCAUUUCAACACCAUCUCCUAUGUCACGGCGCUGUGCUACGUGGAGGGAGGCCCCACCUACGAGGUGAUGCUGACUGGGGAGGCCUCAUGCAUCAGCUACUCCGUGAGCCCCCGGGAGACCUACUGUGGCUCUCAGCUGUUUAAUGAAAUUCAUCACAGCAAUGUCACCCUGGAGAACACCGGCAAGAUGGAAUUCAGCUGGGUGCUAAACCCUAGCCCUGCAGACCAGCGUCUGCCUGGUGUGUUUCUGGUCAACCCCACCACUGGCUCCAUUGCACCUGGUGAGAAGCAAGUGCUGGAAUUCUCUUACAUGCCAGGAUUACCAGGAGCCUUCAGCAGGACUUACCAUCUUAAAGUGGGUGACCUGGAACCAGAAAAUAUCUUCCUGAAAGGAGAAGCAUCCUUUCCCAUGAUCACUUUGAACCUGCCCUGGACCAUCAAAGGAGAUGAAACACAUGAGAAGUCUCUGACACAGCCCGUAAAACCGCUGCAACAACACAGUCAGAGGAGUAAAUCAGGUGCUCGGAAGAAGACUCAGAGCCUGAAGACUGAGACCUUGAAGUCUCAGACCGCAGAAGCUCAGACUCCAAAGAGUCUGAUUCCGAAGACUCGGGACCUGCAGCCCAGCGUGCUUGCCUCUGGCACUGCAACAAACACUCAGUUGCAGUUAAACAUGGUGAGGAACCUGGUAGUGAAGGCUGCUGUGGAGCUGCAGGAACAGUUCAUGUCCCUACCCCCGACGAGCAGCUUCCCUGACAAGGAGCUGUGCCAGAGCCUUGUCAAAGUUGAGGUGCCCGAGUAUGUCCUGGACAUGGGCACUGUCCGUAAGGGUUUCACUGAGAGAAGCACUCUGGAGAUCACCAACCAUGGGCAGAUCCCAGUGUCCUUCCAGAUCCAUGUAUCUGUCCUGGAGAACACAGGUUUCAGCGUGGACCUGGACACGGUGGAGGGCCUGCCCCACAGCUACAUCAAGACAUUUGACGUGCGCUUUGAAAGUGCCCGGCGGCCACGGGGUGACGUGGAUGUGGUGCUGCCCAUAGAGGUGACAAAAGGCCCCACAUAUAACAUCCGUCUUCAUGCCACUGUGUCUGAGCUGUCAAUCGAACUUUCCAAGAACAUUGUGCACUACUCUGCUGUCGUUGUUGGGCAGUACAAGGUUGAGACAGUCCACCUCUACAACUGGUUCCGAGUACCCUGCAAAUGGUCCAUCAAGCCUGUUCAGAAGACCAAUCACUGCAAAUACAUGACACCAGCUGUUCGUCAGAAGCAGCAGGCGCUGGAGUAUGAGCCCUGUCCCUUUGAAGUGAAGCCCUCCAAAGGAACCCUUGAUCCAGGAAGGUGCCAGAACCUGAAAAUCAAAUUUACACCCAAGGAGGAGAGGUCUUACAGUAAUGAGCUGGAGCUUAACAUUUUUGGGAGCAGCAAUCACUUCAAGCUGUACCUCUCAGGACAAGGUCUGGAGCCACGGCUGGAGUUCAGCCCCCCAGAACUAGAGAUGGGAUGGAUGCUGGUGGACAGUGAUGGGAUGGAGGCCACAGUGGUGGUGAAGAACCCAUGCAACUUCCCCAUUGAGUUUUACGCCCUGGAUUUUGAUGAGCAGUACCUUGAGAAGAAGAUCCUGCGGAUGGCAGAGGAGUCUGAGGAUCAUGAAGCACAGAAGUGGCUGAAGGCAGAGCUCAAGGCCAGGGCUGAGGCUGAGGCCAAGGCCAUGGGCAAGGCAGCGGCAGCACGUCACAGAGCUAUCACCUUCCAUCCUGAGUCCGUGGCGAAAGUGGCUGGGAUUCCUUUCUCUCGGGCUGUCCUGCGCCACCCGGGCACUGCCCCGUCCUCAUGGAGGCGCGAGGCGCAGCCCCACCGAGGGAUUGUUGUCAUCGUCCAUGGGCCGCCGCGGGCAGGUAAAAAGCUCACUGCUCAGAGCAAGAAUAAAGAAGCCGCUGAGGAAAACAUCUACAAGAAGUAUGCCAAAGGCAAGAACCUUCCAGCACAAAAGAAGGAGCCAGCCAAGGUAAAGGGCACCAAGUUCACAGUUUCCACUGCUCCUGCGCCCCAGCAGCUGAGCAUCGUCAGCAGUCGUGGGGAAAAGCUGAACUGCUUGAGCUGUGUGCUGCCCGAGGAGCUGCUGGUGGACAUCCUCAGUGAGAGGCUGCAGCGUAAAGACUGCUACAAGGGAGUGGUCUUUGAUGGCUUGGAGAGCCUCUUUGCAAGCAGCCUGGAAUCUUCUCUGCUCUGUGUACUCAGAGCUGUCAAGAACUGUCAUCAUAUCUACGUGGUGAACCUGCAGCAGGAUUAUGCUUCUUGGAAAGCCAAGAACAAAGCUGAAAGAAAGAAGAAGGAAGCUCAAAGAGAGAAGGAAGUGGAUGAGGAUGAGUAUGAUGCCCUCCCUGAGGAGAAGAAAGCAGAAGUGGAUAAAAUAUUACAGGAAAGGAAGAGAACACAGACGAAGGGGGAGCUGAAGCAGCCAGCUCAAAAGCUUGAGGAGGAGGCAAAAGCCUUAGAGGAGGAAAAGAGGCAGAAGGAGGAAGAGAAGCCAAAGAAGGAAAAGAAAGUCUCCUUCGGGAAUCAGCCUGCAAAACCAGAGAAGAAGGAAACCAAAGCCCCAGAGAAGGGGGCACCCAAAGCCCCACAGAAGAGGGGAACCAAAGCCCCACAGAAGAGGGGAACUAAAGCCUCUGGGAAGGGGAAAACCAAAGUCCCCAAGGACCCAGCUGAGAUCUUGAUCCUGAGGUUUCAGAUCUAUGAGUCAUCACAGCAGGACAUGGCAAAGGUUUUCUCCUACUGGGACAGGGUUCAGGGUACCGUGCAGUUACCCGUGAUCCAAAAGGGAAACAAGUCCCAGCCUGCAGCUGGAAACAAAGGUUGGAAGACCAGUAAGCCUCAGGAGAAGGUGAAGAAGCAGCCUAAACCAAAACAUGAAGGCCAAAGGAGUCUUCAGUCAUCUCAGCUGAGGACACAAAGCAAAGUUGCAGAAGGGGCAGUCAGAGACAAGCAUGUCGGGGUGCCGUGCUUGGACAUCCAGGUCACAGAUCCGAAGGCCAUGAUUGGGGAGAUCCUGGGGGAUGGGAAGCUGCCAACAGAAGACCAGCUGCUGAAACAUCUGGGACUGCAUCCUGACGGCGCUCCCCUUGCCCCUGGUGCUGCGCUCUCCACAGUCGAGUACCCAGAGGCCAAGGCCCCAGAUGCAAAGGGCAGUUCUGCUGAGAGGCAGCCAAAGAGGGGUAAAGUGGUCAGCAGUGUCAGGUCUGCAAAGGAGAAGCAGAUCUCCACACAGAGAACAGAAAGCUCCCAGGAUUCCUCUGUAACAAGAUCCCAAAGUCCUUUGAAAGUGCUGGAAAGAGCCUCAACCCCUGCAGCAUUCCUCAGGCUGAAACGGUACCGGUGGAAAGUGCCUGCCCACGGUGAGGUGGAACUGAAGGUCAACUUCUUCACCAAAAAGCCAGGGAAGUUUGAGCAGACAAUGAAGUUUGAGAUCGUGCUGUCAAAGCGCCAGUACGAGCUGCCCUGCAGUGUCACCGGCCUGUACCCCAGCAUCAUCCAGAACCCACGGCUGGUGUUUCCACACUGGAGGGAGACCAUGGAGGAGGAUGAAGUCAUCUUCAAAGAAUAUGUUGAGAGCACAAAGCAAUUCCACUUUGGACCGCUGCUGUGUGGGAAGUCAAGGGAGUGGUACGAGGCCCAGAACUGUCCCGGCAACUCAGAGAAGCUAACCAUCCUCAACAACUCCCCCAUGGUCAUAGAGGUCCACUUCUCUUUUGAGAAAGAUUGGAAAACAAGGACCUUCGUUGCGGACCCUCGCCGCAUGACCCUGAAACCAAAGGAGAGGAAGGAGCUGACCAUUUGGGCAUACCCCACCUCCCCUGGCUUCCUGGAAGACAAGCUCAUCUGCAGCAUUAGGAAGAACCCGGAGCCAGUGGUCUUCAGCCUAUGCUGCCAUGGGGUGGACAUGAAGCUGGAGGUCAGCCCCCUGCAGCUGUCUUUUGACAAGCUGCUUCUGCACAGGGCUGACAGCAGGACCUUGGUCCUGAAAAACAACACCCUACUGCCCAUGGCCUGGCAGCUCCGUGGGCUGGGUGGCCUUGUUGAGGACUUCUCCUUGUCACAAGAUAAUGGCAUCCUUGAUCCCCACUCAGAGUUUCAAGUGACACUGCAUUUCAAGGCUGAGCGCAUUGGCAGCAUUGAGAAGAUCCUGCGACUAGAGGUUUCAGAUACAGAAAACAUCCUGGGGAAUUUUCAGGCUGAAAACAUCAAAAUCUCUGCAGAGGUCUAUGAAGUUUCUCUGAGCAUUGACAUGCCUGAAGGUGCAGAUGGAAGCUUGGAAUUUGGAACCAUUAAUGUCCUGGAUAAAGUGAAGAAAGUCCUGAGUCUACAGAACAAAGGGGUAUACAACAUUGAGUACAGUUUCACGCUGAAGGGUGCAGGUCCCAAGAUGCAAGACUUGACAUCCCACUUCACUGUUGAGCCUCAGUCAGGCGUGCUGAUUGCAUCCCGGCCUGGUGAGAAGGUUGAGAUGCUCUUCCACCCCACCAGUGAAAUGGUCCUCAAGAACAAUCCCAUCCUGUACUGCCAGGUGGCAGAUGCCAGCCCAGGUCGAGGACGCCCGGCUGUUGCCAACAUCCCAGUGAGGGUGUCGGCCGAAGCGGAGUACAGCAAGUACAGCAUUGUGCCUGCCUCACCCACGGACUUCGGAGCCAUGAUCGUGGGCACCAGGAAGACCCGGAGUGUUGUGCUGAAGAACAUAGGCAUGGCCAAUUUCCAGUUCUGCAUCCGCCAAACACCCAUGCUUGCAUGUGCGUUGGAAAGCAAAAGUUCAAAGCAAAGGAAAUCUGCUCCAUCAGCUACAAAGCGCUCGACAGGAAAGGAAUCAAGCUUCUCAACACCGGUGGGUAACUCCUGCUGCCCAGCAGUGCUGCUGCAGGGGAUACUGGGUGCUUGGGCCCAGCUGGAGGCCACGGCAGGACAUACUCUUUGCUGGGGUGCUCAAGGCACAGCUGUUAGCCAUCAGCCUCCUCUGGAACUUUUUCUGCAGAGUCACCUCAAUCUUGGCGCGUUCACGGUGUCCCCCUGCUGUGGCUCCAUCCGUCCGUGUGGCCUGCAGGUGAUCAAAGUGGAGUGCCUCGCAGGGCAGGAGGGGACCUGUGAGCAGCAGCUCUACAUCGACAUCAUGGGCAGAGACCCCAAGGACAACCCCCUCGGCAUUCCCUUCACCCUGGUUGUCGAGUCCUGCCUCCCAGCACUCGUUCAGGAUGUCACGUCAGUCUUCAAGGACUACCCGAUCUGCAGCAGCACCGACCUUGAGUACAAGCUGCAGUCGCUGGAAGGCAUGGGCCUGUUCGUCAGAGAUGAGAACAGAUUCGUUUUCAACAAGGUUCUGGUUGGGCAGGAGGCAGAAGCUCAUUUCAGAAUUUGCAAUGCAGGCCGUCUGCCAUGUGACGUGGCCCUCUCCAUCCUGCCUGGAGAGGAACAAAUCCCUAUCAACAAUAUUUUCAAUCUGGAUCCUAUCAAGAUGUCCAUUCGUGGCUCAUCCUCUGCCAUUGCUACGGUGACCUUCACCCCGCCAGACAAGCAGAGCUACGACUGCACCUUCAAGGCUUCCCUUGUCAUCCCCAAAGGCUCUGUGGAAAUUCAACCCCAAAUCCUGACCUUCACCAUCAGUGGGAAGGGGCAGGAGCUGCCGGUGACAGUUGUGCGCCCAAAUGUUCGCAGCAAGAGGGGAACGGCCGUGCUGCGCUUCAAGAGGCUCCAGCUGGAGCAUUCAGAGAUGCUCCCCCUGGUCCUCCGUAACAGUGGCACCAAAUCUGUCAAGUUUAUGUUACAGCUGGAGGAUGAGCACGGAGCGUUCUCCUUGAAAGGCAGGGCCUUCACAUUCAAGACAGUCCUCACUGGAGAUAUGGAAGAGGACUCCGUCAGAAACGAGACCAAGCCCCCAAAGCAGACUUUCAUCCUUCUGCGUCAUGGGCAAUCGGCACAGUUUAAGGUCAUUUUCAAACCCACCCUGGCUCAACGUGUGGAAGGGAAGAUUGCUCUGGUAGUGGGGGACAUCUGCAUGACCCUGGUUGAGCUGGUGGGUGAAGGCCACAACGACGAAUUCACCCUCGAUGGAUUAAAGGAAGACACCCAGGAGAGGAAUGCUAAGAGCAGUCUGAGGAAAGACAUCAUUGAUGCUGUCAGAGUGAACCACAUCGAGUUUGGGCACUGUCCUGUCGGGAAGCGCUGCCGCAGGACCUUCACCAUCACCAACCGCACCCUUACGCAGGCCAUGCGCUUUGAGUGGGAUGCAGACGCCCCAUUCCAGUUCUCCCCCAAGGUGGGACACCUCCAUCCUGGCUGUGCCAAGGGCAUCACAGUGAUCUUGAGAUCAGAUGUCCCAGUCACCUUCAGAAGGCACCUUGUGAAAUGUAAGGUGACCAAGAUCAACUUUGAGCUGCCACCAAGGAAGGUUCUAGACUGGGACGACCAAAUGCGCACUGUGACGUUGAAGGAUACCACGUGGAAAGACCCAGCAGCCAGGUGGCCUAAAAAAGAGAAGGUGGUUGAGCCAGUCCUGGAACCAGCUCACACUGUGGUGGAGGAGAGCAGCCAGGAGGCUGAGGUGUACCUCAGUGCUGUUGUUGCCCACGCCCAGUUCAAACUGAGCACAACCGUGGUUGAGUUCAAGGAUACCUUGCCCUUCCAGACAAGGACAGCCUUUUUCAGGCUAUACAACACAGGGAAGAUAGCCCUGGAAUACUCCUGGGAGGAAGCUGGAGAUAGUGAAGCAGCGAUGAGGAGUGCUCUGGCACGUAAUUUCCUCUCCUCUGAAACUUUAAGGCGUUGCAGAAACCUGCUGCAUCGUUUUGGGUGGCAGCAGGACCAUGAAACUCAGGCUUUUGAGCUGCAGCUGCUGCAGCGGCUGGCCAAGCACCUGCAGGAUUCCAAGAGGCAGCAGUUUGAAGAGCAGGACCAUCCCAAGAAGCUGCGCAACUCAAAGCGCGUUGGUUCCGCCCUGGAAAUCUUCCCAGACGCCAUCUAUGACCUGCCACUGUUCUCCAUCAAGCCCUACCACGGCAUCAUCACUCCUGGCCAGAAGCAGGCCUUUCAAGUGCAGUUCUCCCCAAAGUGCGCGGGGAUGUUCCAGACCACCCUGCUGUGCAGAAUUUCUAACCUGAAUCCAACUGAGAAGAUGAGGCAGGUGACUGUGAAAGGCAGAGCCUUGGAGCAGAAGAUUCUUGGUAGGGCAGACGGAGAAAGGCCAGGGAGCCAAGGAUCAGGUGCCCUGGAAACCAGCACCUGAGGGCCAGCAUUUGUGUCAGCUGGAGCUCCUGCAGGAGGCAGCAACAUCGUGCCUUCUGCUGCUGCUGGUCUCCCACCCUCCACCAGAGACCUCUGCAGCUACCCUUCCGAGCUCCAGUGAAGACCUCUAGCCAACCUUUCAUCACCUACAUAACUGUUUAUUAGAUUGAUAAUAAUUCAUUUUCGACAAUUAAUUGUUAAUAAACAAUUGUUAAUACAUGAUUAACCGUCAGCUUGUCUUGGUUGGAAAGACAGGUGUCUGCGGGACCUCUCUGGAAUGGAAAAUGUGACCUCCUCCUCUCCAAAUUAUUAUAACUUUGAAAUUAAGGGGCUUUCAGGCAAAGAUAUGGGAGAAGUUCUUUGCCAGUAUGUACAACAAGGCAAACAAACAACAACGCUGGCAGCAACAACAAACAGAAGCAGAUACCCAACCACAGCCUUCCUUCGGCUGCAGGCACUUUCCCUUUGCUGUAGUUCCAGUCACAGCUGGCAGGAAAGGGAGGCAAAUAAUGAAUAAAGCAAUUGCUACAGUAAUUCUAAUUAAGCUACACCAAGGAAUGCACUGGAGAGCUCAAGCACUGUAUGAUCAAUUCUGAAGAGCUUAUUGCUGUGAGGGAGUCUCUGCAGUAGCCAAAUAGUGACUGGACAAUGAAGUUGUUCAAAGAUAAAUAAGUGAUGAGAAAACACCCUAGUGAGGGAAGAGCCCUAGCCCUUAGACCCUUUCAAAAUAUGCAAAUACAUUAGACUGAGUUCCCCAAAAUACAGAGAUGGAAAUAUCUUCUUGGAACAGUUGAUCACCGCACCCACUGGGAGCCUUUGCUAUCUCAACUGCAACUACCUCCAAAGUGGCUAAGAUGCUAUUAGAACAAAUCAUUCCUAGAUAUGGAAUAACUGAAAGAAUGGAUUCAAGUAAGGGAACACACUUGACUUCAAAAAUUUUACGUUCUAUGUGUGGUAUUAGACAUAAAUUGGAAAUUCCAUACCCCGUGGCACCCUCAAAGCUCUGGAUGUGUGGAGAGAAUGAAUGCUGUCCUUAAGAACCAUAUUACCAAAUUAAUGAUUGAAACCAAAUUAGCAUUAUUACGGAUCAGAACUGCUCCAAGAAAGGACAUAGGAAUUUCUCCCAAUGAAAUAUUACUUGGGUUACCUAAUCUGGGAAGGUAGAGCUGAAACUAAUGACUUCCAUCUCAGAAAUUAUUGCAGGCAAUUACAGCUGGUGCUUUGAAGAGUUGUUUUUUUCAUAAGAUGUUUACCAAAGGGUGUCUUCUUAAUUAGCAGAUGGUGUGACAAGGUGUUGAUUAAAAGACCAAUCAGGUCCACCUCUAUCAGAAUGGUGUAUAAAAGAAUGCAUUUCUAAUAAACUCAGAUAUUAGCUAUGCACUAAGAACCAGAGGAAGUAGCCUCACAUUGAGAGGAAAUUCAGGUUAGAUUUUAGAAAAAAAAAUUUCACUGUUCAGGUGUUCAGGCCUGGGAACAGGUUGGCCAGAGAGGGGGUGGAGUUGCCAUCCCUGGAGCUGUUAAAGAGGCCUCUGGAUCUGACCCUGGGAAAUGGUUUAGUGCUUUAGCGUUUGCAGUGUCAGUGCUGGGCUGACGUUGAACUG